AUGAAGACCAACUCAUAUUUGCUUUUUGCACUAAUUGUGAUCAGUCUCCUUUCAUCCACUUUUGCUGACGAUAUUUCCAAGCAAGAGACGACGCCUCAGUCAAAAGAAGCUGUGGACGCGCAUAAAGCAGAAGCUAAAGAAGAUGGAGCAAAGUAUGGUGAAAACUACGGUGGCGGCGGAGGAAACUAUGGUGGAGGUGGCAGCGGAUGGGGUGGCGGAUGCCAUCAUGGAUGCUGUUAUCAAGGACAUGGAGGAAGUUGCAACAGAUGUUGCACCUCACCAGAAGAAGCAAAGGCGUUUGCGGAAAAUCAAGCAAAAUCAAAAAAAGCUGUUGACGCGCAUAAGGUAGAAGCUAAGGGUGAUGACGGACAGUAUGGUAUAAACUAUGGCGGCGGAGGAGGAAACUAUGGUGGAGGUGGAGGUGGCGGUGGCAGUGGAUGGGGAGGUGGAUGCCGCCAUGGAUGUUGUCAAGGAUAUGGAGGUAGAUGUAACAGAUGUUGCACCUCACCAGAAGAAGCCAAGGCGUUUGUGGAAAAUCAAGCAAAAUCAAAAAAAGCUGUUGACGGGCAUAAGGUAGAAGCUAAGGGUGAUGACGGACAGUAUGGUAUAAACUAUGGCGGCGGAGGAGGAAACUAUGGUGGAGGUGGAGGUGGCGGUGGCAGUGGAUGGGGAGGUGGAUGCCGCCAUGGAUGUUGUCAGGGAUAUGGAGGUAGAUGUAACAGAUGUUGCACCUCACCUGAAGAAGCCAAGGCAUCUUUGUUAAAUAAAGAAGCAAAUGGUGAUGAAGGGAAGUAUGGUGUAAACUAUGGUGGCGGUGGAGGAAACUAUGGUGGAGGUGGAGGUAACUAUGGUGGAGGUGGAGGUGGCGGUGGCAGCGGAUGGGGUGGUGGAUGCCGCCAUGGAUGCUGUCAAGGAUACGGUGGAAGAUGUAAUAGAUGUUGUUCGUCUCCUGAAGAAUCCAAGGCAUUUAAGGAAAGCCAAUCUCGCCCUUGA